AUGGACGCGGUGGACAGCCUCCUCGUGAAUGGGAGCAGCUUCGCCCCCCUUUGCGAACUGGGGCUCGACAAUGAGACCCUGUUCUGCACGGACCAGUCUCACCCUUCCAAAGAGUGGCAGCCGGCCGUGCAGAUUUUCCUGUACACCUUGAUUUUCGUGCUCAGCGUGCUAGGGAACACGCUAGUCAUCACCGUGUUGAUUCGCAACAAAAGGAUGAGAACCGUCACCAACAUCUUCCUGCUCUCCCUGGCUGUCAGCGACCUCAUGCUGUGUCUCUUCUGCAUGCCCUUCAACCUCAUCCCCAACCUGCUCAGGGAUUUCAUCUUCGGGAGCGCAGUGUGCAAGACCACCACGUACUUCAUGGGCACCUCUGUGAGCGUUUCCACCUUCAACCUGGUAGCCAUUUCACUGGAGAGAUACGGCGCCAUUUGCAAACCCUUAAAGUCCCGGGUCUGGCAAACAAAAUCCCAUGCCUUGAAGGUGAUUGCAGCUACCUGGUGUCUCUCCUUCACCAUCAUGACGCCCUACCCUGUCUACAGCAACUUGGUGCCUUUUACCAAAAACAACAACCAGACCGCAAACAUGUGCCGCUUUCUCCUGCCAAAUGAUGCCAUGCAGCAGUCCUGGCAUACGUUCCUGUUGCUCAUCCUCUUUAUUAUCCCUGGAGUUGUGAUGGUGGUAGCAUAUGGAUUAAUCUCUUUGGAACUCUACCAAGGAAUAAAAUUUGAUGCUAGCCAGAAGAAAUCUGCUAAAGACAGGAAGGCGAGCACCGAGGACAGCGACGGCUGCUACGCGCCCAAGGCCCGCGCGCCCAGGAAGCUGGAGCUGCAGCCGCUGUCCGCCGGCAGCGUGGGCCGCGUCCAGCGCAUCCGGAGCAGCAGCUCCGCGGCCAACCUGAUGGCCAAGAAGCGGGUGAUCCGCAUGCUCAUCGUCAUCGUGCUCCUCUUCUUCCUCUGCUGGAUGCCCAUCUUCAGCGCCAACGCCUGGCGCGCCUACGACACCGUCUCCGCCGAGCGCCACCUCUCCGGGACCCCCAUCUCCUUCAUCCACCUCCUCUCCUACACCUCCUCCUGCGUCAACCCCAUCAUCUACUGCUUCAUGAACAAACGCUUCCGCCUGGGCUUCAUGGCCACCUUCCCCUGCUGCCCCAACCCUGGUCCCCCCGGGGGGCGAGGCGAGGGGGCUGAGGAGGAGGACGGAAGGACCAUGGGGGCGUCGCUCUCCCGGUGUUCCUACAGCCACAUGAGCCCCUCUGCGCCUCCGCCCUGA